AGGCUUCUAAGUAUUAAAACGUCUGAAAGACACCAUUUUCUGUGAAAUGCUGGAUUGUCAUCAGCUUAAGUCUAUCCAUGUAAUUUUAAGCUUUGGUCCUUCUACACUGUCCCACACAGUUUUGACCUUGCUGUAUGCCAUUUCCUGUGCCCUUGCCACUAUCUUUUUUCAUUAUCAUUGGGUUUGUUUCCCUUCCCCAAAGUCCUAUUCACUUAAUAGACUAUUCCAUAGAGUAUUCGACUUUGAACUGCCCCAGUUUUUGAAGCCAUUUGCUUCAGGAGUGAAUGCCAAAUAAUAAUAAUUAUAAGAACAACUAAACUUCCAAAACAGAACUAUUGUUAGCAUCAAUAACCAACUUCUGUCUCUCUUUUCAUGCAGCUUACACUAAAAAGAGGGGGUGGGGCAGUCUCUUCCAGCAUCAAAUCUGCCAGACCCGGAAGCACACAGAAAAUGGUAGAAAGGCUGCUAGACUUUGAUGUGCAUCAGUUGUCAGUAUUUGCUUCAGUGACUGCAGAUUCCAUGUCCCCAGCUGGUGACAGCCAGCACGUCAUUGUUUGCUACGGUGUGUGUCAACAAAUAAAGGUACCUUGUGCAAAGAUGUCAAAUGCAUUGCCAUUUAUCUUGCUCUUCAUAUUCCCAAUGCUGCUGUCUGGGGCUUGGUUUCCCAAAACUUUACCCUGUGAUGUUAAAUCUUCAGAAGGUGCUGUGACAGUGGACUGCACUGACCGGCGCCUUACAGAAGUCCCCAGAGGGAUCCCUGGAAAUGCUACCAACCUCACUCUGAGUAUUAAUCAUAUUCCUCGUAUCUACCCAACAUCCUUCAAUCAUCUUGAAAACCUCGAGGAGAUUGACUUCAGAUGCAACUGUGUGCCUGUCAAACUGGGGCCCAAAAAUCAUGUGUGCACCAGCCCAUUGAAAAUUGAGAAUGGUAGUUUUGCUGCCUUGACAAGAUUGAAAGCAUUGUAUCUGGAUGCAAACCAGCUGGCAGAAGUACCCCGAGGUCUUCCUGCUGCUUUAAGCCUGCUGAGUCUGGAAGCAAACAGUAUCUUUUCUAUCCAAAAAGCCAGCUUCUCGGAGCUAGGGAACAUAGAGGUGUUGUAUCUUGGACAGAAUUGUUACUACCGUAAUCCAUGCAAUGUUUCAUUUGAAAUUGAGAAAACAGCCUUUCUGGGGCUGAAAAAGUUAACAGUACUAUCCCUGAAGUCCAACAACUUAACACAAAUUCCUCCCAAUUUGUCAUCUACUUUAAAGGAAUUGUAUAUUUACAACAACAUGAUUCAAGAGAUUCAAGAGAAGGAUUUAAGUGGUCUUCCCAACCUAGAAAUUCUCGACCUAAGUGGCAAUUGUCCACGUUGCUAUAAUGCCCCAUAUCCCUGCAUUCCCUGUCCCAAGAGCUCAAUUCAGAUACAUUCAAAUGCUUUUGAUUCUUUGGAAAAAUUAAGAAUUUUGCGGCUUCACAGUAACUCUCUACAGAGCAUACCCAGCAGCUGGUUUAAAAACUUCAGGAAUCUCAAAGAACUUGACCUCUCCCGAAAUUUCCUCAUGAGGGAGAUUGGAGAUGCUCAGUUUUUGACAUUUAUCCCCAGCCUUGUGCAGCUUGAUCUGUCCUUUAAUUUUGAACUGAAGAUGUAUUCUCCCUUCUUGGAACUUUCUGAGACAUUUUCUACCCUCUCUAACCUGGAAAUCCUGAGGCUCAAGGGUUAUGUCUUUAGAGAGCUGAGGGCACAAGAUCUAUAUCCACUGCUCAGUCUUAGGAAUCUAACCAUGUUGGAUCUUGGGACUAAUUUUAUAAAAAUUGCAAACCUAACUGUGUUUGAUGAAUUCCCAGCUCUUAAGUUCAUUGAUCUCUCAGUGAAUAAAAUUUCUCCUUCUUCAGGGGAAAGCAACCUCUAUGGAUUUUGCUCUAAUCCUGCCAUUUCAGUCGACCAAUACAACAGACAAGUACAACAAGAGAUGCAUUAUUUUAGAUAUGAUGUGUAUGGGCGAAGUUGCCGUUCCAAAGACAAAGAGGAUUCUUCUUACCAGUCUUUAGUUAAGGAAGAUUGCCUUAACUAUGGAAAAACAUUGGAUUUAAGCAGAAACAAUGUAUUUUUUGUUAACCCCUCAGACUUUCAGGGGCUUAGCUCCCUGAAAUGUCUUAACUUGUCAGGUAAUGCAAUAAGUCAAACUUUGAAUGGAAGUGAAUUCUUUUACUUGUCUGGAUUGAAAUAUCUGGAUUUUUCUAACAACAGAGUUGAUUUGUUAUACCAAACUGCUUUCAAAGAACUAAAAUAUUUAGAAAUUCUAGAUCUGAGCAAUAACAACUAUUACUUUCUGGCAGAAGGUGUUACUCACGUGCUAAGUUUUAUGAAAAACCUACCCCAUUUGAGGAAGCUGAUGAUGAAUGGCAAUGAUAUUUCCACCACUAUUGAUACAGGAAUGGAAAGUCAAUCUCUUCGAAUUUUAGAAUUCAGAGGAAAUCACUUAGAUGUUCUUUGGAAGGAUGGCAAUGAUAGAUACUUGUCAUUCUUCAAGAAUCUGACCAGCCUGGAAGAACUGGAUAUUUCCUUCAACUCACUCAGUUUUUUGCCUCAUAGUGUUUUUGAAAAAAUGCCUCCUAGUCUCAAGGUCCUCAACUUAACGAAUAAUCAGCUGAAGAGUUUCAUUUGGGGAAACCUCCCCUCUCUGAAGAACCUCGUAACUCUGGACCUGAGCAAUAACCUUCUGACUAAUGUUCCUCGAGAACUGUCCAAUUGCACUUCAUCGCUGCAGGAACUGAUCCUGCGAAACAAUCGCAUUCACGUGAUAACCAAACAUUUUCUCCGGGGUGCUUUUCAACUGAGAUACUUGGACCUCAGCUCAAACAAGAUUGAAAUAAUUAAGAGAUCUAGCUUCCCUGAAAAUGUCAUUAACAACCUGAAGAUGCUGCUUUUGCACGGCAACCCUUUUAAGUGUAACUGUGAGGCUGUGUGGUUUGUGUGGUGGAUCAACCGGACGCAGGUGACCAUUCCUCUUCUGGCCACAGACGUCACCUGUGCUGGCCCAGGGGCACAUAAGGGAAGGAGCGUGGUUUUCCUGGACCUGUACACCUGUGAGCUGGACACGUCCUAUUUGAUCCUGUACGCUCUGUCAGCUUCAGCCGUCCUGGGCUUGGCGGUGUUCACUGUGAUGAGCCAUCUCUACUUCUGGGAUGUGUGGUACAGCUACCAUUACUGCGCUGCCAAGCUGAAGGGCUAUCAGCGCUUGUCGUCACCAGCCGCUUGCUACGAUGCCUUUAUUGCCUAUGACAGUGAAGAUCCAGCUGUGAACGAGUGGGUGCUGCAAGAACUGAUUGAAAGGCUGGAAAACCAAAAAGCCAGGCAGUUCAAUUUAUGCCUGGAAGGAAGGGACUGGCUCCCAGGACAGCCGGUCUUUGACAACCUUUCCCAGAGCAUUCAGCUGAGCAAAAAGACCAUAUUUGUGCUGACCAACAGGUAUAUUAAAAGUGGCCGCUUCAAGACAACAUUUUAUAUGGCUCAUCAGCGCCUUCUAGAUGAAAAAAUGGAUGUCAUUAUCUUGAUAUUUCUUGAGAAGGUUUUGCAGAAGUCCCGCUAUGUCCGUCUGAGGAAGAGGCUGUGCAGAAGUUCAGUCCUGGAAUGGCCAACUAAUCCUCAGUCUCAGCCCUACUUCUGGCAGUGCCUGAAAAAUGCCAUAGCUACGAGCAAUUCUCUGGCUUACAACAAGCUUCUUCAAGAAACUGUUUAGUUCUACUCUUUCCCUUAAAUAUUGUCAUGAUGCACAUGCACCUUGCUUGACACUUUUUAGUGCACAGCAAGAAACAAUGCACUACCCCCUGGAAGUCAUUGUUGCAGAAAAUCACCACUUCCAGCUUUUAGUUCACUAUAUGCCUCCAGCAUCUCCUGUGGUUGGGGCAAGUGUGGAUUAGACACUUGGUCAACGUGCUCAAGUAUACAGAGUGAAGGAGUGGUUGCACCAUGCCCAAAGUUGCACUUCAGACACUGCUGGAAUAAAUGGGAUUUUAGUUAAAAUGUAUAGUUUCUCUAUUUGCUGUAUUUAUGAAAAUCAAGAAAAGAAAUCGCUUGCACAUUUGUGUCUGGAAAUAGCUUUAUAAAAGCUCAUUCUUUGAUCUUAGGAGUUGGGAAAAUCAAAGAUUUUUUUAUCUUAGGCUUACAGCUUCUGAGUCUUCCACUUUUGUCUGCGUGGGGAAACUGGGGAGAGCAAAUUCUGUGACUGGUGUCAGGGGCUUGGGUCUGGUACAGGAACUCUCCCUUUGUUGCACAGUCAAAAAGCUCACAAAUCUGAAGAGACUUGGAAGAAUUUGUGUGGACUGAAAUAGGAAGGUGAGAUGUGAAUUCAGAAAAGCUUGUAGGCUGUAGGUGGAAAAGAGUUAUAAGAUAAAGAAUAACUCCUUGUGCAUGGACUGCUGCAUGGGUGCAAGGAGAGGGAGCAGGACAGCAGAUGGGCAGAGGGAGGGGCACAAGGCAGAUGGAGAAAAUCUGUUAAAAGAUACAAAGAACUAGCUAGCUUCCAGAUCCUUCCAAUUCAAACCAUUCUAUGAUUAUGUGAUCUCAGCUGCCUCUGGUAGUUCCUUGCCUACCUUUUCUGUCUGGUUCUUUCUUUAAAUAGUCCCCUUUUUGAUUUAGUUUAGUAGGCAUGCAGACAGACAAGAACACAAACAGGAAAACUAAUGUUCAUAUAAUAUUAUAGACAAGAAGGAUUUUUUAUCCUCCAAAUUAUCAUAGUGGUGUUAUUGAUUUACAACAGAAGCAGGAGAAAUAUUCUCCUGUAUAGAAGAGUGGAUGUUUUAUGAUUUUAUUUUAACAUUGGAAGGAGGAUCUGGGGAACUAAAGGCGUGUCAGCCUGACAUCAGUGCCAAUGAAGGUCAUGGAGCCAAUCAUCUUGAAUGCCAUCAUGCAAGAAGUACAGGACAACCAGGGUAUAAGGUCUAGCUGGCAUGGGUUUAUGAAAAGGAGAUCUUCCUUGACCAGCCUGGUCUCCUUCUGUGACAAAAUGACCUGCUUAUUGGAUGAGGGAAAGGCUGCGGAUGUUGUCUAUCAGAGUUUAGUAAAGCCUUUUACGUAAUUCUCCACAGCACUGUUUAGCCAGGAGAAAAGGUGGCUCAGGGAGACCUUAUCACUCUACCACCACCUGAAAGGAGGCUAUACUCAGUGGGAGUCAGUCUUUUCUCCCAUGUAGAAAGUGACAGGAUGAAAGGAAAUGGAC